AUGAUGAAAGCUUUCCAGUAUGAUGGCGCCACGAUUGGAGUGAAAGAGAUUCCUGUCCCAGAACCAGCCGCUGGCCAGGUCCUCAUAGCCGUCGAAGCAGCAGGACUCUGCCAUUCGGACUGCACCAUCGUGAAUGGCAAGGGGGCCUGGGUUUCUAAGACUCCCAUCACCCUAGGCCAUGAGGUUGCGGGCACCAUUGUCAAGAUAUCUCCUGAAAUAACGGAUUUCGAUAUUGGAGAUAGGGUUGCAAUUGCCCUAGUCAGCCACCCGCUCGAGAAUGCAAAUUGGUCGACCACCGUUGGACUGGGUUACGAUGGCGGCUACGCAGAAUUCACAUUAGCUUAUCGCGAACAUCUUGUCAAGAUUCCAACUGGUGUCUCUUUUGCGCAGGCCGCAGUUGCAACGGAUUCAAUAUCAACAGCGUAUCACGCUGUGGUAGCCGAAGCACGUGUUACGUCGUCAACGGUUGUCGGAAUUAUUGGCUUAGGAGGACUUGGUCUCAACGGCGUCACUAUUGCCGCCCUUAGUGGUGCUCAAGUCUACGGAUUCGAUAUUAACGAUAAAAAAUUUCCUGAUGCUAGCAAAUCUGGUGCGAUCCAAUGCUUCUCUCGGCUAAGUGAUGCCUCUCACAUCAAAUUUGAUGUACUUAUCGAUUUUGCUGGCGUGGGUUCGACCACCACAGACGCGAUCUCUUCGGUUAAGGUUGGUGGUACUGUAGUGCUGGUUGGCCUUGGUGCUGCAGAAAUGACCGUCUCGACACAUACAUUGGUUACCAGAGGCGUUCGUCUCUAUGGAUCCAUCGGGGCAAGCCUGGAAGAGCUCCACUCUGUGCUGAAUUUAAUCGAUACUAGAAAGAUCACUCCCCUACUCGAGGAAAUACCUUUCUCCACAGUACGAGAAGGGCUUGAGCGACUUGAUCGCAACGCUGCCAUAGGGCGCCUCUUUACAUGUCCCAGACGCGAGACGAAGCCUGAAUCGAAUUCUGCCUAG